GCAACACCUAGGGAAAGUUGCCAAGAUGGGUCGCCGUCCAGCCCGUUGCUACCGCUACUGCAAGAACAAGCCCUACCCCAAGAGUAGGUACAACCGUGGUGUCCCUGACCCCAAGAUUCGUAUCUACGAUCUUGGUCGUAAGAAGGCGUCAGUCGACGACUUCCCCUUCUGCUGCCACUUGGUCUGCGAUGAGCACCAGCAAAUCACUUCGGAAGCCCUCGAGGCCGCCCGUAUUUGCGCCAACAAGUACAUGACCAAGACUAGCGGCAAGGACUCUUUCCACAUGCGUGUGCGCGUCCACCCCUUCCACGUCAUUCGCAUCAACAAGAUGCUUUCAUGCGCCGGAGCUGAUAGGCUUCAAACGGGCAUGCGUGGCGCAUGGGGCAAGCCAUACGACACUGUCGCACGUGUCGAUAUUGGCCAGGUUCUUCUGUCCAUCCGCUCGCGUGACAGCAACAAGGCUACCGUCAUGGAGGCUCUCCGCCGUGCCCGCUACAAGUUCGCUGGUCGCCAGAAGAUCAUUAUUUCCAAGAAGUGGGGCUUCACCAACAUGGACCGGACCCAGUUCGCAACGGCCAAGUCGGAGAACCGUAUCCUCAAGGACGGUGCAUACCUUCAGUACAUCAACAACCGUGGCCCACUCGAGAAGAACCUUCGCCUCCAGGCCCGUAUUGCUGCGCAGAAGUGAGCGG